UACCUUGCUGCAGACUGCAGUUUAGUUAGUUAUUAACUAACUGACUGUUGGCUCGCUUCUCCUAACCAAACAGGAGCUGAAGGACGAGAGAAAGAAGCAGGAGAACCACCUGACAACAUCCAGCCAGCUCGUGUCUGCUGCCAAAAUGUUCUCUGAAGGAGGUUCUUUCAUGAAGGGGAUGGUCUUGGGAAGCCUCUUCUGCUUAGUGCUGUCGCUCAUGGGUAGUCUCAGCCCCGGCACGGAGUCCAAGAAAGACGAACAUAAUCAUCAUCACGUCAAAGCCCCGAGUAAAGAUGAGCUGACACGCCUCUCAGACAGUCACAUGCAGGAGUUGAGCAAUCAAGUCCGGAUCUCUUGCAUCAUCAUGGUCCAGCCCAAGAUCCUUGUUUACUGGGCCACUGCGGUGGACACCUGGAGCAAACACUGUGAUAAGGCUGUGUUUUACACCUCCGAGUCCUCUAAGGCACUCGAGGCGGUUGACCUGAAUGAAAAAGAUGACUGGGCGAGGCUACGUAAAGCUCUGAAGCAUGCUUAUGAGAAUGCCAGAGACCUGCGCUGGUUCUUUGUGGCACAACCUACCACGUUUGCCAUCAUUGAGAACCUCAAAUACCUGGUGCUCGCAAAGGAUCCCAGUGAGCCCUUCUACCUGGGAAACGCCAUGAAGUCAGGGGAGCUCGAGUAUGUGGCGUACGAUAGUGGCAUCGUUCUGAGUUAUGAAGCGCUGAAAAGGCUGGUGCACGUGUUCCAGGAUGAAGACAAAUGUCCAGAAAGAGGACGUGCCCUGUGGAAGCUGAGUGAGGACAAGCAGCUGGCCGUGUGUCUCAAAUAUACAGGUGUCUUCGCAGAGAACGGAGAAGACUCGCACGGAAAGGGCCUGUUCAACAGCAAGAGUGUGAACAGCCUGAUAUCGGACAGCAUGAAGGAAAACCCCAGCAGCGUGGUGGAGGGCUGCUGCUCCGACGUGGCGGUCACUUUCAACGGGAUGUCACCCAAUCAAAUGCAGGUUAUGAUGUAUGGAGUUUACAGACUUCGUCCUUACGGCCACGAUUUUCAUGACUCGUUAGUAUUUAACCCUCCUGAAGGUUCAGAUAAUGACUAGAGACUCAUUCCUUCAAGAUGGAUAUGGCAUUUUAAAAGUUUUGCUUCGAAGAAGGCAAACCUAACUGUGGGAAGACGGUUUUCUAAUUAUGUUUGUAAAGCUGGAUCCUGGGUGGGAAUUACAUUUUUAUGUAUAUUUGUACCUUUUUGCACUUGGCACAAUCAGCGCCCCAUUUCCUUUGUGGUGUAGAUAAAGAGAGUCGAUGGGUGUGCCACUCUUUUGAAUGAAGAUGGAGGUGGGACUUAUACCAAUCUUGUGACAUGACACUAGAUUAUCUGGAAGUUAUUGUUGUGUAGCUUACAUGUUUGUCUUUUUGUGGUCUUAAAGCUGCAUUAGAGUUUUUGGGUGAUUACUAUUUUCUGAAGUUUCUGACAUUAUUUAACUGUUCAAAGUGCUUCCCUAUCUUAACCACAUUAUGAAUAACUUUCUUUUUUAUUUCUGAGAAAACAUCACCCGAUUGAUUUAAAGAUUGUACGGAAGGACCAAUAAUCAAUAUUGAGUCAAACAUACGGUGGCCCAGCUCUAAAUGAAGUGCAUUUCUUGCCACGUUCUGCUUGGUUACCUCCACAUAUGAAGAAUUAGACCUCACAGAUAAAUGAAAAAUAAUACACCUCAAUGUUGACUUCUGGGUAAAAUCAGUAUAUUCUUUUGUCACACAUUAAGAGAGAGUGGAGGUGUCAUUGUUCUACUGACAUUUUAAAGUGUCAGACUCCUUUAAAAAAAAUGUGACUUUUGGACAAUAAAAGUAAAUAAAAUGAAUUUCUGAUUAAAUUCAAUGUAGUUCUGUGGUGCUGAAUGAUCCAACGAGGACUGUUAAAAGGUGAGAAUGAGGUAGCCUCCAGCUGUUAAUCAUAUAUGAACUUGGUCAAGCAUACAAUUACUGAUUUUUGGUAAAGGGAAAUAUUUUUACAGUGAAAGGACUGCUUUGUUAAACUGAACAAAUUUUAUAUAGAACUGUGAAUGUAUUCUACUGCAGACCACCAUGAUGUUGUAUCUUAACACAUAAUGUAUAUUCAUAUUUUUCUGCGGCCAGGUAAGAGAAGAAUAAAAUAUUGCAGUUCUCAUUGAUGCUCUUGUACUAUUUAAAUAUGUGUUCAGAUUAUAACAAAGGUUAUUAGCACUACUGCACACAUCUCUGUAAAUUAUUAUGCAACAGUUUUGAAGCAUGACAAACCUCUAAAAUGACCAUAAAGUUGAAUAAACACCCCUUUAAAACAAAA